UCGUUCUUUCACCGACCUCGUUCCAUCAUCCACGGCCACAACUGCCUAUCGCCGAGAGCACGCGGCGCCGUGCAUGCCAUACUGCACUAGACCACAAGUGAAGCUGAGGAGCUGAAGCCAGCAGCGAGCUCGCGGCGCGAUGGUGACGGCACCUUCGUCCACCGCCACCUGCGCCACAUCCCUCCACUUUCCCCACCCGUCUCCUCCCUGUAGUAUCAGCAGUGGCGUCGGCCACGUCCAGUUUUUCCGCCGGCGCUGUCGCGGGCUGCAGAGGCGGGGAGGCGGCGAGGCAGCGCGCGCGGGGCUGGGGGGAUUGCUGGGCGGCAUGUUCGGCGGCGGCGGCGGCGACGACGGUGAGGCAGCGAAGAGGAGGUACAACGACACUGUCGCGCUCGUCAACAGGCUGGAGCCCGAGGUCUCCGCGCUCUCGGACGCUGACCUCCGCGCCCGCACCUCCGCUCUGCAAGAGCGCGCGCGCGCCGGGGAAUCCCUCGGCUCCCUCCUCCCCGAAGCAUUUGCUGUUGUGAGGGAGGCUUCCAAUAGAGUUCUUGGUCUUCGCCCCUUUGAUGUACAGUUGAUUGGUGGGAUGGUUCUGCAUAAGGGGGAGAUUGCAGAAAUGAAGACUGGAGAGGGGAAGACACUCGUGGCUAUCCUGCCAGCGUACUUAAAUGCAUUAAGUGGUAAAGGAGUCCAUGUUGUCACAGUAAAUGAUUAUCUUGCCAGACGUGACUGUGAGUGGGUUGGUCAAGUUCCCCGCUUUCUGGGACUGCAGGUUGGACUAAUUCAACAGAACAUGACACCGGAGCAACGGAGGGAAAAUUACUUGUGCGAUAUUACUUAUGUCACAAAUAGUGAGCUUGGAUUUGAUUAUCUAAGAGAUAACCUUGCGAUGACUGUAGAUGAGCUUGUCUUGAGGAACUUUAAUUACUGUGUGAUAGAUGAAGUUGAUUCAAUCCUUAUUGAUGAAGCACGGACACCUCUUAUAAUAUCAGGCCUGGCUGAAAAGCCAAGUGACCGGUAUUACAAAGCAGCAAAAAUAGCUGAAGCUUUUGAACAAGACAUUCAUUAUACUGUUGAUGAAAAGCAGAGAAAUGUUUUACUAACAGAACAAGGCUACGCUGACGCUGAAGAAAUACUGGACAUAGAUGAUUUAUAUGAUCCUCGUGAACAAUGGGCUUCAUAUGUUUUAAAUGCAAUCAAAGCCAAGGAGCUCUUCCUUAGAGAUGUGAAUUAUAUUGUUCGUAGCAAGGAGGUGCUUAUUGUGGAUGAGUUCACAGGUCGCGUUAUGGCAGGCAGAAGAUGGAGUGAUGGACUCCACCAAGCAAUUGAGGCAAAAGAAGGUGUGCAGAUACAGAAUGAAACCAUAACCCUCGCAUCUAUAAGUUACCAGAACUUCUUUCUUCAGUUUCCGAAACUCUGUGGCAUGACUGGAACUGCAGCUACAGAAAGACAGGAGUUCGAGAGCAUAUACAAACUAAAAGUUACAGUUGUUCCAACGAAUAAGCCUAUGAUAAGGAAGGACGAUUCAGAUGUUGUUUUCAGAGCAACAAGUGGAAAAUGGCGUGCUGCUGUUGUGGAGAUAUCAAGAAUGAAUAAAGCUUGCCGUCCUGUGCUUGUUGGUACAACUAGUGUUGAGCAAAGUGAAACUUUGUCUGAACAACUACGUGAAGCAGGGAUUCCUCACGAGGUCCUUAAUGCUAAACCAGAGAAUGUGGAGAGGGAGGCAGAGAUUGUAGCUCAGAGUGGACGCCUUGGUGCAGUGACAAUUGCCACCAAUAUGGCAGGACGUGGCACUGAUAUUAUCCUUGGAGGCAAUGCGGAAUUCAUGGCCAGGCUGAAGUUGCGUGAGAUGCUUAUGCCAAGAAUUGUCAAUCCAGUUGAUGGUGUCAUUGUGUCCAAAAAGCAGCUUCCACCAAGAAAGACAUGGAAGACAAAUGAAAGCUUGUUCCCUUGUGAACUUUCAGAAGAUACACUAUCAUGUAUCAAAGAUGCAGUUGAAGUGGCUGUCAAAGAAUGGGGAGAAAAGUCAUUACCUGAGCUAGAAGCUGAAGAGCGUCUCUCCUACUCAUGUGAGAAGGGACCGACACGUGAUGAAGUAAUUGCAACUCUGAGAACCGCAUUCAUGAAGAUAGCAGAUGAAUUUAAGAUUUACACAGAGGAAGAAAAGAAGAAGGUCAUUGCGACAGGUGGGCUUCAUGUAGUAGGAACUGAACGACAUGAGUCCCGCAGAAUUGACAAUCAGCUUCGUGGCCGAAGUGGCAGGCAAGGGGAUCCUGGGAGCUCUCGCUUCUUUCUUAGUCUUGAGGAUAACAUCUUCCGAAUCUUCGGAGGUGACCGGAUACAGGGUCUGAUGCAAGCUUUCAGAGUUGAAGAUCUUCCUAUUGAAUCAAAGAUGCUAACAAGGGCCCUAGAUGAAGCUCAACGGAAAGUUGAGAACUACUUUUUUGAUAUCAGGAAGCAGCUGUUCGAGUAUGAUGAGGUAUUAAAUAGCCAGCGGGAUAGGGUAUAUGCAGAAAGAAGACGUGCCCUAGCAUCUGGUAGCCUGGAGUCACUUAUUGUGGAGUAUGCUGAAUUAACAAUGGACGACAUAUUAGAGGCAAACAUAGGUCCUGGUACCCCAAGGGAAAGUUGGGAUCUUGGCAAGCUGAUAGCUAAAGUUCAACAGUAUUGUUACCUAUUAAAUGACUUGACACCCGAACUGUUGGAGAGUAAAUGCUCAAGCUACGAGGAUUUACAAGAGUACCUUCGAACCCGAGGGCGUGAAGCAUAUUUCCAAAAAGCUGAAAUUGUGGAGAAGCAAGCUCCAGGUUUGAUGAAGGAAGCCGAGCGAUUCCUAAUCCUAAGCAAUAUUGAUAAGCUCUGGAAAGAACACUUGCAAGCUUUAAAGUUUGUGCAACAAGCUGUUGGGUUAAGGGGCUAUGCUCAACGAGACCCCCUUAUCGAAUAUAAACUUGAGGGAUAUAAUCUUUUCUUGGAUAUGAUGGCUCAAAUCCGGAGAAAUGUUAUUUAUUCUGUAUAUCAGCCUCUCCUCGACGUGUUUCCAUUCAACAUCUGUGAGUCUCCGAUAAUGUAUCGGUAUCCCCAAAUAUGUGAUCGGAAACUGGCCCAACCCGCAUCCGAACAGGUCGGCAUACAGAUUUCUUGCUUUCUCGAGGUCAUGAUCCAUGAAGAGAAUCGUAUCGUCGGCAUACUGAAGUAUGGAGAGGCCACCAUCAACUAGAUGAUUCACUACCCCAUCAAUUUGUCCAUCAGCCUUGGCACGCUCAAUCAUGACUGCUAGCAUAUCCGGCACUAUGUUGAAUAGCAUGGGCGAUAGCGAGUCACCUUGUCGCAAUCCCUUCUUCGUUUGAAAAUAGUGGCCAAGGUCAUCAUUGACCUUAAUGGCAACACUGCCUCCUGAAACGAAGCUAUGGAUCAUUGCGCGCCACGCUGCAGAAAAAAUUCCUUUCAUUCUGAGAGUCUGUUGAAGGGCCAUUUGACUUAGUCAUAAGCUUUUUCAAAGUCUAUUUUAAGUACGACCCCAUUUAACUCUUUCCGAUGUAAUCCAUGGACAGUUUCAUGAAGGAUAACAACUCCGUCUAGGAUGUGUCUACCUUGCAUAAAAGCUGUCUGUGAAGGACGAACCACAUGUCCAGCAACUGAAUUCAGCCUAAUAGUCGCAACCUUCGUGAAUAUUUUAGAACUAACAUUAAGGAGGCAAAUAGGACUAUAUUGUUGUAUCCUUUCAGCCUCAUUAACCUUAGGUAAUAAAACAUCCAUUGUCCGCGUGUUUACGCCAAGUAAGAUGCCCCCAGAACGACCUCUAGACGGUCGUGAAACCCAAGUGUAUUCUAUCCCGCCAGAAAGACGGUUAAGCAGACUUACGGAGAAGUCACGUCUCCCCGUUUCAGAGAUAGGCAAAAAAAAAUCUAAAUUGUAAUCCCUAUUACACUCCGCAAUGAAUAAAUGUUUAGCCAAGUCACGAAGACCUCUGCUAUUAAAAAACAUUCCAUUCAUGGGGAAACAAUAGGAGAUUUAGAAAAUUUCGCCUUCUUAUGGGACUUAAUAACUUUUUUCGAACUUGCGGUCUUUGAUUUACGUCCGGAGGCUGUAAGCUCAAUCAAAGAACUAAGCCCGGGUUCAUCUAGACCCACAUCCUAAACCGCUCCUACUAAAUGAGAGAGUAGCUGACCAUAUGCAUCUUUCAGAUGCAAAGGCCGGGGGUGAGCCUCAUUUUCCAAAAGAAAAAAUCUGAUGUGCCAUGCAGCUCCUCGUCGUCAGUAGAGGAGGCAAAAGACUUGCUAGAAAUAUGUGGAACAACUUUUAAUCGAUCAUAUUCCAAAUGUUUCAAGGCGUUUGUCGAAAUAGAAAUAUCCUUCUCAUUCUUUCCCAGACUAACACCCACAUUAUUCAACUUAGAAACGAUACUAGUAUUGGAAAAAGCUAAAAAGGAUUUGGGUGGCGACGUAAUACCUUGGUUGUCGAGGUUCUGCGUUGCUUUACGCCGCAUAGCCUUGGCCAAGGAGUCCUCAUUUGUGACCGAAGUACCAUCGUCGGGAACCGUAUGCUGACUACUCCGGCAUGUAGGUGUCACCCCCCUCGAUGGUCGAGGCGCCAGCUCUACUGCCGGUGGAGGGGAAGAAUCGGGGUAAAUUGGCGGCAGGAGGGUACGGAAUUGGAGAAGGGGGUGAAAUGUUCAGGGAAAGAGAGAUGGGAAGUUCAGAGGUCUCGUUUCAACGACAUGUUUUACAGAGAUUGGCACUUGGCCUUUUAACGCGACACUCAUGCUUUAAGUGGACCUCACUUGUCCAUGCACCUGGUUCACCGAACUCAACAUCUUGCGGGUUACUCCAGCUCCUUCUCUCUCUGGACAUGGGUCCUCCAUCGUAGGCCGGACCCCUUCAUCAUCCUAAACUGGCAUCUCCGAAUGUCCGCCUUUGCCACGGUCAUUGCUGCGGUUACCGGUGGUGCAGGCGUGACAUCUGCGAGAAUUAAGGUUGUAGGCUUGUAAGCUGAUGGAUUUGUUGCACUGUCAAUAGUUUUGCGUCCCUUGCCUUUGACUCUGGUCCAUGCUCUUCUCCUUUGUUCUUUGUAGAAGCAGUGCUCCUAUCUCAUUCAGCUUUCACAUGUCUGUAUUUGGUCUGCCUAGCACUUGUAUCAUCAUUUGUGGCUGCUGAAUGUGCUUUAGCCCAGUUCUCUAGUGACCUUAUCCUUUGUUUUGGAACAGUUCAAACCAGUGAUGAAGAAGCAAGAGGAGGAAAGUUCUGAAAAGAAAGAUC